AUGUUCAGUCUGAAGAUGCUUCCACUUCUGCUGUUACUCCACGUGCAGCUUUCCAAGGUCUUUCUAGUACAUUCUGAAUUCCUAGAAGAGAAAACUACAAAAAUUGUUCAGAAUUACCUAGAAAAGUUCUACCAAUUACCAAGGUACAAAUAUCAGUCUGAAAGGAAGAACAGCGCUAGUGUGAUUGUUGAGAAGCUUAAAGAAAUGCAGCAAUUCUUUGGGCUGAACAUAACAGGGAAGCCAAAUGAGGAAACCUUGGAGAUCAUGGGAAAGCCUCGCUGUGGAGUGCCCGAUACUGGCAAUUUUAUGAUAACUCCAGGAAACCCCAAGUGGAAACAAACUAAUCUGACCUACAGGAUUAUUAACUAUACCCCAGACUUGUCAGAGGCUGAAGUGGAAACAGCUCUUGAGAAAGCCUUUAAACUCUGGAGUCGCGUGUCACCCCUGAACUUCACCAAGACCUCACAGGAAGAAGCAGAUAUCAAGAUUGCCUUUCUCCAAGGAGAUCAUGGGGACAAUUCUCCAUUUGAUGGACCCAAUGGGAUCCUUGCUCAUGCCUUUCAGCCAGGCCCAGGUAUUGGAGGAGAUGUUCAUUUUGAUGCAGAAGAAACAUGGACCAAAACCUCCAGAAAUUACAACUUGUUUCUUGUUGCUGCCCAUGAAUUUGGCCAUUCCUUGGGGCUGGCUCAUUCCUCUGACCCUGGUGCCUUGAUGUAUCCCAACUACGCUUUCAGUGAGCCCAGCACCUACUCGCUCCCUCAAGAUGACAUCAGUGGCAUUCAGGCCAUCUAUGGACCUUCGAGCAACCCUGUGCAACCUACUGGACCAACCACACCCACAGCCUGUGACCCCAGACUGACAUUUGAUGCUAUCACUACACUCCGCGGAGAAAUACUUUUCUUUAAAGACAAGUACUUCUGGAGAAAGCAUCCUCACCUACGAAGAGUCGAACUCAAUUUCAUUUCUCUCUUCUGGCCAUCCCUGGUAAAUGGUAUACAGGCUGCUUAUGAGGAUUUUGACAAGGACCUAAUUUUCAUAUUCAAAGGCAAUCAGUACUGGGCUGUAAGUGGCUAUGAUAUUCAGCAAGGUUAUCCCAAGAAUAUAGCAAACUAUGGCUUCCCAAGCAGUGUCCAAGCAAUAGAUGCAGCUGUUUCCUACAGGGGAAAGACAUACUUCUUUGUAAACAACCAAUUCUGGAGAUAUGAUGACCAAAGUCAAUCCAUGGAACCAGGUUAUCCCAAAAGCAUAGCAAGUAGCUUUCAAGGAAUAGAAAGUAGAGUUGAUGCCGUUUUCCAGAAGAAUUCCUUCUUCCUUUUCUUCAGUGGACCAAGAUAUUAUGCAUUUGAUCUUAGUGCUCGUAGGAUUACUAGAGUUGAAAGAAGCAAUAGAUGGCUUAACUGUAGAUAA